CUUGGCUACAUUACACAGCAUGCUACUUACCUAUUCUCUGGAAUUUUCUGUGGUUUCCCGAUAAGUUCAAGAUUGUUUAAUCGAAUUAAUAUUUCACUAAAUAUGUACAUACGCUGGGGGACGAGCUAUACUCGUCCAUCUUCGCUGGUCCCCGACCCAACCGUGCCGAGGGCAUCACGGAACGCCUCCAUCGAGCGUACAUAUAAAUAUAUACCAAUUGGUUCCAGCCGAGACUGGACAGUGGCGGAGGAGCCUAGGAGCACUCCACAUCUUCCAAAUCUGUCCUCAACUCGUACAUACUUUUCAGGCAACCACGCUUCCCGUGGUCGCCAUCUUCUCCCGGCUCUCCCUUCAUUAAAUACAUACAAAAGAAUAUUUAAGAAAUCAGCCUCAAAUCAAAUAAAUUAAACCUACAUUUCCUAUAAUUGUAAAAGUAUCUGGUGUGAAAACAGUGUGUGCAAAAAGGCGCCUUUUUGGGAAAAAAUUCAUGCCUUUUUGCCGUUUUGCCCGUUCCAAUGCCGAAUUGCCUCUUUGCGUGCCUUUUAGCCCGUUUGAUGCCGUUUUGCCUUUUUCCGUAUGUUUCCAUUGGGCAUUACCUGUACUAUUAAAAAAAUUUACUAUUGACAAGAAAAGUGAUAAAAAUGUAAUUAGGUUUACAUUUCGGUUUUUCUAAAACAUGUCAGCCUCUCACUUCUUCACAAAUACCCCACAGGAUCAUAUACCUACGUUCUCAUGAAUAUUACGAAUAUUUAUGAAUACAUAUGUGUACACCUCAAGAUGUGUAUUUGUUUAGUGGUGUCGACAAUCAUCCAGCUCGACCUAAUUAACAAACUUAAGAUUAAUUGUACACAUUGCUUCACAUGUCGGCAAAUCCUGUGAACUGUGAAUAUGUAACUACGAAAGCAUACGUUCGUAUUAUCACAUUGCCCAGAUUUUACCAAAAAGGCAAAAAGGCAUUUCGGGAAAUCGGGCAUGGCCAAAAUUCACAUGCCCAAUAGGCAAAAAGGCAUUGUAGGCACGGCAUGCCUUUUUGCCCUUGCACACUAUGUGUGAAAAUAAAUUGUUAGUAUUUUGUCAAGGGGACAAUAAUUUGUAUGGUUCGAGUCGAAUUGAGACAGUACGUGUUAACUAUUCGUGAGUCCAAUCCCGGUCGUGGUUUUAGUUGGCCAUUCCAUUUCAUAAACUGUGUCAAAGUUGCUAGCCAAGUGAGUGUACAAAAAAAAUAUGUCCUAUCUGAAGUUGAGUCCCUCGUGACGAUUAGAAGGUGACGGAGUGACCUCGUAAAGCGACGCCGUGCCAGCCAACCAGGGAACGCCCCUCUGACUAUGCUUGAGUCAUACGCUCGUUCAUCUCAAGAAGUAAAAAAAAUUCUUUGCGAAAAACAGAAAUUGGAUAAGAUCUCGAAAAUAGAUGACGACGUCGUCAACCAAUUAAUCGGGUUCCUGAAGCCAUUCAGCGAAUGUGCUGAGAUAUUGAGCGGCGACAAGUACCCCACUAUUCAUCUCGUUGCACUUUGGCAUUAUAAACUCAACCAGCACAUUGAUGUCAGAGCAGACGAUUCUUCGGAGAUUAAAUUACUGAAAGAGCAAUGUCGACGAUGCAUGCAGGAGUAUUUGAAUCUGGAAGACCUGCAUUACAUUGCAUGCACGCUUGAUCCACAUUAUAGAAAACUAACCUUCGUUGAAGAGGAAAAGCGGGAGCGAGCAGUUGGCCAACUCAAGAUAUUGAUGGAGAAGGAGAGGGUUGAAGUCCCUGUAGAUGAGUCGACGUCGACUGCUGAUUCAAAUCGUGAUCUCGAGCCACCCUCGCCAAAAGUUGGUAGAUUCAUUGACUUACAAGAUCCAGAUGACAAUGAUGGAGAAUUGAGCGAAAUCGACAAAUAUUUUGCGUAUAAAUUACCAAAAGAAUCAGAAUUUGACAUUUUGUGCUUUUGGAAAAGUGCAAAAGAGUUUCCAACAUUGCAAAAAAUUGCGAAAUGGCUUUUAGCAGUUCCUGCGUCUCAAGCAAGUGAUGAGCGUGUCUUCUCCACCAUAGGAAAAGCAAUCAAUCCCUUGCGGACGUCGUUGAGUGGAGGAACACUUUCUCAACUUACGCUUAUUCACAAAAAUUUUUAGAUUUAUUAACCAUUCCAGAGUAUUUCUUACUAUUGAAGUUACAAUAUAAAUCCUUAGAAGUAAUAUUUAGUUCAUUUGACGAAUUGGAUUUUGAAUAAAAUGUAUUAGUAAACAGAA